CAAAUAUUUAUACCCAAUAAGUGAUAACAUACAAAUAGCUGCAUCUCAAUAUUAUUGCCUUAUGCUAGAAAUGCAAGAUAAUAUUGAACUUCUUGCUAGAAGCAAUAUACAUACUGAAGCAAUUAUUAAUGUAUUAACAUAUAAGUAA